UCUGAGCUUCUGGGUUAGAGACCGAACCUGCGAGCCCGGUAAGGUUUAGGGCCCGCCCCUCGCCCUCGCCUCUAGCCCCUAGCCCGUCGGCGCCACCAGCGCGUAGCCCGCCGGCGCCGCCGCCGCCGCCCUCACCGCCGCUCCCGCCAAUCGCCGCUCCCGACCGGCGACUGGACAAACAGCACGGACCGGCCACGCCGCGCUCGCUCGUCGGAGCCGCCCCUCGCCGCCGCCGGUUGAUAGCUCCGCCGUUCGACGACCGCCGCUAUAAAUCUCCAAACAAGGGCACCAAGGGAAGCCGCGCGCCAGAUUUCAGCCUCACUUCAGCCUUCAACGCGGGUGCCCCCUGGGGAAACACAAUAGUAGACAAGUUCUUCUGAGGCCCUGGCAGAUCAACGCUGGAGCCAUGGGGAAAAAAAGCAAUAGAGAUGAUAGGCUCAGCGCAUUGCCUGAUGACAUUCUGGUCAACAUUCUUGACCGACUCAAUGUCCCUGAAGCUGCAAGAACCAGCAUCCUUUCUAAACGGUGGAUUCGGCUCUCCUCCGAGCUCUCUCAUCUUAUAAUAAAUGCUAAGGACUUUGUGCCUCAGGGUUUGUCAAACGCCAACGUAUCUCUUGAUGACUUGGUUCAGAUGAAUGAUGCUGCUGCCGAUGUGACAAAAAGCAUGCUGACACGCAGAGUUCCAGGCGAACACACCAUCAGCCUCCUGUCGACGACGUUCUACUUGAGAGAUGCUGUCCCCAUAUCCAUCGGACAUGCUGUUGGCAAUGCUAUGGCGACACACAAGAUUGAGAAAGCUGAAUUCACUGUUUUGACAGAGAAAGGACGCCGGCAAGUUACUGUUGAUGAUAUUAUGAACUAUGGGGCACAGUUCCUGUCUUUUUUUAACGAGUGUCAGGUUGCAUUUUCUGGUCUGACACGGCUCUACCUGGAGAAUUUGAAAUUUGCUGAAUCUGGCAUGCCCUCCAAUAUCCUUGUCACUUGUAAGCAGCUCACAUAUUUAGGUUUUCUCAAUUGCAAGACAGAGAGUCUGAUGACAAUCAAGGUUGAGCAUGCUCAACUCGCCGAGCUCAGUUUUGAGAAUUGUCGUUUUGGCAAAGUUGAACUCAAGUGGCUCCCGAGACUCACUCGAACAAAAUUUGCGUUUUGGAUGACGUACAAAAACCUGCCACUGUCAUUUGGUCAUGUCCCAUUGCUCGAGGUUGUGACCCUUGCAACUAUUGCUCUUAGUUGGCACGAAAUGGUCGAGUUGAGCACUUUACUUUUUGGGACCUCUGUACGAGAGCUGCACUUGGGGUUUAGAUAUGAAAAGAUUUGGCUCCAACCAGAGUGUCUAACCAGAAGGGUGGCGUAUGCGUUCCACCGACUGAGGAUUGUCAAUCUAGAUACCAUUCCUGAAGGGUAUGAUCUCACGUGGACAAUGUUCAUUCUGGAAGCGGCAGCAUUGCUGGAGGAGUUCUGCAUGACGGUAAUGGAUCACCCAUGUGAAAUGAAAAUGGAUAAGGAGGAGAGGAGCCAAGGCUUGUAUAGCGAGAAGAAGGGCGUAGAGUGGGAAUCACCUACAUCGAAUUUCAAGCACUACCAUCUUACCAAGCUCAUCAUCUUCUGCUUUGAAUCUUUCAUGAUCAGUCAUGUCAGGCGUGUGAUGAAAGCAGCGGUGAAUCUAAAGGAUGUGUACCUGUAUGGUAGACUGAAAUGUCGGCUGUGCCGACACCUGAAACCUCUGAAGCCAACUACGUUUCCGCCGUCGAAGAAGCAUAGGUGCUCGAUGAGGAACCUCCUGACCCAGGGCAUUCAGUCACGUGCCAGGAUUCGAUUUCUUAGCUCUGAUGAAAUUCGCGCUGAUCAUGCUGCAAUGAUACUGAACUAGUGUUUUGGUUACAAGAUAGCUCAAGGCUUUUCAGGAACUUUGUUUAAUUAAGCGGCCCAGUCCUUGUACUCCAUAACCUGUCUUCUUGUUUGAUUUUUCUUUUAUGUCUGCAGUGCCUUGUUUAAUCAAAACCAGUUGUACUUAAAAAGAAAAUUAUGUCUAUUGCGAAUCAUUCCAUGAACAAA